AUGAGUUCUAGACCUCAAGAAGAGGUUUUUGUUGACCAAAGUCUUGAAGAGCUGUUGGCGAUUGUUGCCACAGAAUUCGAUGCCAUCUCUCGUAAACCCAUUCAAUCUUCAUUCCUUGCUCGUGACCUUGUUCGAAUGUAUGAUAAAAUUACUUUUUAUAGACAAAAAGACUUUGAAUUGUCUCCGAUGACUGUUUCUCAACAAGAAAAUGAUAAUAUUCAUCAUCAUGAUGAAAAUGUCAUAACCAAUAAUGAUCAUGGUAACAAACCAAGUUCUUCCGAAUCAGAACUACAAGUAGUAGAGCAAUUACCAACAUUCUCAUCAAAUGAGAAUUCUGAGAGUCAUCCUCCUUCUCAAUGCACACGUGUGGAUACGAAUCGUGAUAAUGACACGAGUCAUUCGACUAAUCAUUCGACUUGCAAUACUACUAAUCAUUCGACUUGCAAUACUACUACUGCUACUACUAAUACUACUACCAUGACCACGACUCACACCUCUAAGAGUACACACUGCACCAAUCAUACCAUCGAUGAUGGUUCGAUCAUUACUGUACUCUCAUCCUCAACAACAACAACAACAACAGAGAGACCCAUCGAUCAUGAACGUAUCACUCAAUUCGUAUAUCAACAAGUGGAACACAAUGAAUUUGAAAAAUUUUCACAUCUCUCUCGAAAUCUCAAUGAAAUGGAAAAGGAAGAUCGAGGAGAUCAAAUUUUUGUUGAUAUUUUAAAUACUUUAACAAGAUUAUUUCAUCAAAAGGAAUCCAUACAAGAAUGCAAACCAUUACUCACAUUACAAGAAUUUAAAAAGAUUGUUGUGAGUAAAUCUGUACCAAAUUAUGUCAGUACAUUAAUGGAAGGACACUAUGGUGAUGGACAUCCAAUAGUGAAAUUCUUAACAUUGGUCGAUCAAGCAUUUGUGGUUUCAUUAUUGGGUCACUUUGCAGAGAGUUUAUUCUUUACGAAAAUACCAAUUCGAUUUAAAGAUAUUCGUGGAACAUGGAGAAUUGACAUUAGAAUGUAUCCAAAUUACAUUUCAAUGGUUCAUAGAAGGACAGAACAAAUGAUGAAACCAUUAGGAAAUACCAUGCUCAAGAAUUUGUUUCAAUUUUCAUGGCAGGUUGAAAUUGUGUAUGAUUCCUACCAAUUGGAUCAUAUUCACAGUAUUCAUGUGACAUUAUUGGAGAUUGAUUGGAGUUCUUAUGAUGAAUCAUUGGAAUUAACUUCACAACAGAAAGACGAAGUGCAACAAGUAUUCUUGAAAAUGUUCUCAAAAUCUAAAACAGGAGGUGAAUUAGGAUAUCAAUUACCUUUGAAAAUCACAUUGUCUGAUAUUUCUCCUAAACAUUUGCGUUUGUUAGUGAAAGAAUUGAAAGAAAAUGCUAAAAAACUUGUCAAGCCAAACAAUGACUCAAAUGGUUCCUCUUCUGGAGGAUCAUGGUUUUCAGGUAUCUUUAGUUCCUUAGGUUGCAUGGAUGAUGCUGUGGACUUUGUUUCAAAUAGCAAAAGGAAAGAUUAA